CUCCUCGGUGGAGGCGGCCAGCUAAGCUAACCUUGGAGCUCUCGCGCAGAAAUCGGGGUCGCUUUCUGCUCUGGUGGCGGCUUCUUCCUCGUCGGAGGCGUGAUGCUGUUCUUCGAUCGCGCCAUGCUAGCGAUGGGCAACAUCCUCUUCCUCAUCGGCCUGACCGUCAUCAUUGGGCCGCGCAAAACGCUCGUCUUCUUCGCGCGGCGACAGAAGGCGAAGGGCACCGCCGCCUUCUUCAUCGGGCUUGCGCUCAUCCUCGCGCGCUGGCCCUUCAUCGGCUUCGUCGUCGAGCUCUACGGUAUCGCCGUCCUCUUCGGCGACUUCCUCGGCACCGCCGCCUCCUUCGCCCGCCGCGCCCCCGUCGUCGGCCCUUACAUCGGCGCCGUCCUCGACCGCAUCCCCCUCCUGAGUCAGCGCCGCAACGCCGAGCUACCCGUCUGAGCCGGCGCGACACGAAAAGAAAAAGAUACCCCUCGAGAAUGGAAACGGAAGCGGAAUCGAGAGCAAGGGACCUAAAAACACGAAGCGAAGCGAAGCGAAACGAACCCUUCCAACCCCCACCAAAUUAAUACUAAUAUUAGACAUACGAUAUGGUUGAUCUAUGUAUAGAAUACAUGUAUCUCUCAAUCACGACAUAUCACAGUACACCCCAAAGACGGACGGG